AGAGGAUCUCUAAUCUGACGAUGGCUGCGAUCAGAAAGAAACUGGUGAUAGUUGCUGAUGGCGCCAGUGGAAAGACCAGCCUCCUCAUCGUGUUCAGCAGGGACCAGUUCCCUAUGUGCAACGUGCCCACAGUGUUUGAGAACUAUGUGGCACAUAUUGAGGUGGAUGGUAAACAGGUGGAGUUAGCUCUCUUCAACACAGCAGGUCAGGAGGACUAUGACAGACUGAGGCCUCUGUCCUACCCAGACACAGACGUCAUCCUCAUAUGUUUCUCCAUCGACAGCCCAGAUAGUUUGGAGAAUAUUCCAGAGAAGUGGACUCCUGAGGUCAAGCACUUCUGUCCCAACGUUCCCAUUAUUCUAGUGGGAAACAAGAAGGACCUGAGAAAUGAUGAGCACACCCGCCGAGAGCUGGCCAAGAUGAAGCAGGAACCAGUGAAGUCUGAGGAGGCGAGGGACAUGGCCAACCGGAUAAACGCCUUCGGGUACUUGGAGUGUUCAGCCAAGACGAAGGAGGGAGUGAGGGAGGUGUUCGAGAUGGCCACCAGGGCGGCGCUGCAGGCCAAGAGGAGAGGGACGAAGAGCAGCUGCCUCCUGCUAUAGGGAGUCAGGUCAGAGGAGGAGGAGGAGGAGGAGAAACACACCAACAGCACCACUGACUGGGUGUUAGAGGGACCAGUAUGGAAGUAAAUCUGUGUCAUCGGAGUUUGA